AUGAGCCGUCAUCCAAAAUUAUCUACCAGAACCAGUGAGCAUGUUACUGCAGCAAGUAGUUGUAUAAGUGAAAAGGACAUCAGAAAAUGGUUUAAUGAUAUUCACCAGUAUUUGAAAGAAGAAAACUUAUGUGACAUUUUAAAUGACCCCUCGAGAAUAUUUAACGGUGAUGAAACUGGGUUUUCUUUAUGUCCAAAAACUAAAACUGUAUUAGCUCCCAAGGGUUCUAAGGAUGUUUAUGAAGUUGCUGUAGGAAAUUCAAAAGACAAUUUGACUGUAAUGUUCAUAUUUAGUGCUGCAGGAGUUAUGAGUCAUCCAGUAGUUGUUUCAACUAUAAAAGUAUACCUCAAGAUAUUGUAA